AUGGCGGUGAAGCGAAAGGGCUACGAGCUCUCACCGAUUUCGAUGCUGCUGGAGGAAUUCGAUGCCACCCAAAACCGUUUGGCGCGGGAGAAUCGCCUCAUGGAAAAGAGGCUGGCCAAGCAGGCUAAGCGGGAACGCGCCCAGAAGCUCCGAAAGCUGGCGGAACGCGCGAGAAGCGCGCACGAGCUGGCCAAGAGUGAGGACAAAUGCCCCAGCCCUGGCAGCCGCGUGAUUCAGAUCGAAACAGCCCCGCUCUUCGAGACCACCAUGUCCAACUCCUGUCAUGAUUCCGUGGCCGACACGGCCAGGGAUCCCUCCACCUCCCCUGACUCGGUGAACUUCCGCCUGAGCCAACAGUGGCGUCACAAGGAUUCGCGCUUGGACAAGGUUUCCAACUCCAACCACAGUGGUGAACUGGAGAUGCGCAUGGGCAUGAUGGAACGGAACGUGUUGAGACACCAGGUAAGUUUUUUGGAGCAACUGUGGAGUGCCAUCAAGAGGAUCAGGCUUCCAAUGAAUCCAAACAGCACAGUGCGAUUAGUUUGGGACUUCGUGGGGCUUUUUCUCAUCUCCUGGGAUGUGCUCUACAUCCCCUUCGAGUUGGCCUUUGACCCGGAAGAGAAUCCCUUCAUCGUCGUGGUGGGCUGGAUCAUCCUCCUGUACUGGACCUGCGAUGUCGUAAUGAGCAACUUGGUGGGCUUCUACGAAGAAGGGGAGUUGGUCAUGAACCAACGGCGCAUCAUUCUGAGAUACUUGAGGACUUGGUUCCUCAUCGACUUGAUCGUGCUGGGACCCGAUUGGUUCCUUCGCCUUUGGACGGGGAGCAGUGGAGGCGAUCCGGGCAUGGCCAUUCAGAACCGGAGCAGCAGCGAAGGAGAGAUGGAAGAUGUGGCAAAUGCCUUGCGCAGCAUCCGUGUGCUGCGUGUGGUCCGAUUGCUGCGUCUGCUCAAAGUGCAGCGGCUCAUGAAUCUGGUUUAUGACAUCUUGGAUAGCGAGUACAUCUUCAUUCUCUUCACCCUCUUAAAGCUGACAUGCCUCAUCAGCGUGCUGAACCACGUGAUUGCCUGCAUGUGGUACGGCGUAGGCUAUAUCACCAUGGAGAACAACGAGAGGAAUUGGCUGGAGAACACCAACUGGAAAGAGGAUAAAGAGUCCAGGGUCAUUGAUUGCAGCAUGGUGUAUCAAUACACCACAGCACUGCACUGGAGUUUGACUCAGUUCACGCCAGCCUCCAUGGAUUCCUUUGCGAGGAAUGUGCCUGAAAGGAUUCUAAGCAUUGUCGUUGUCUUUUUUGCUCUCAUUGGCUUUUCGUCCAUCGUGGGCAGCGUGACCAACUCUGUUGCGCAACUUCAGGCAUUGCAUGGGAAUUCGCGCAGACAGUUCUGGCUCCUGCGGAAAUACCUCAAUGAGAAGGGGAUCUACGAACCCACGCGCACACGGUUGUUUUCCUUCCUGGAACAUGAAGUUGAGCGCCGGCGCAAGGACAUCAAGGAGGAAGACGUGAGGUGCGGGGUUUGUGGGCUCAACGGGCACCGCAGUGGCGGGAAGCGCAUCUUUGGACACCUGCUCAACAUUACCACCUCGCCCGCAUCAAAUUUCGGAUACAUCUUCCGAAGUGCCGCUGGGGUCUGGAAAAGCAACCAACAUCCCAAGUUGACGCUGGCAGAUGCCGGAGUGAAAAACACAGGUGACAUGGUCCAGUUCAUGGGUGACUUCGAACCCUUCACUCCUGCGCCCGUGGUACCCGGGGCUGUGGUCGAACUGCAGAUGAUGCUGAUCGGCAAAGGCAAGACCUCCAACGUGACAGGCAAAGCCACACUCGACAAGUGCGUGUGGGAACUUGGCUAUGAGGUCGGAUUGCAACGAGCCUCCGAGACUGCCGACGGAUGUGGGUUUGCAUUCGGAUCCAAGCAAUGGAACAGCAAGCAGCAUCCCAAUCUCACCCUGGCCGAUGCAGGUGUCCGCAACCACGGCGACACCAUCGCCUUCCUGGGCGACUUCGGCCCUGUGGCGCCCAGCAGCCCCGGCCUCGCAUCCACCGCGGCGCCGGCGACGCCGCCCAGCGCCCCGGCCUCGCCGCCGCUGGCACCGGUGCCGCCACCAACGGGCGCGGGACCAGUGGUGGAUUUGAAGGUGACCGUUGAUGCCUUGAGCAAGAGCGUCACCAAGAUCUGCAGAACAGGCCUUGAGAAGUGCGUUUGGACCUUGGGACAGGAUGCCGGCACCGCCAUGCUGACCUGUCCAGCCUCCAAUGGAGUGGUCUUCAGCUAUGCUGGACGUCAGUGGAGAAGCAACCAGCAUCCCCAGCUCACCUUGGCUGAGGCAGGCGUCCACCAGGGCGGCGAAGCCAUCCUCUUCCUGGCAGACUUCCAACCGCUGCCGGGCGCAACGAAGUCCUGUGGCGAGGUCGUGGAGCUGACGGUGACGUUGCUGGACAAGAGCAAGAGCUGGAGCAAAACCGCCAAGGCGCCGCUGGAGAGGUCUGUCUGGAUCUUUGGGCAGGAAGUGGGAAUGCGCGGCUUGACCACUGGGCCACUGUCCAAUUAUGGAUAUGUCUUCAGAUGCGGUGGCACUGAAUGGAGAAGCAACCAACAUCCCAACCUGACGCUGGCAGAGGCCGGAGUGACCAACGGCGCCACCGUGGAAUUCCUGGGCGAUUUCGAACCUCCAGCAGCUGCAAAGCAGCCGAGUCAGUUGGUGGAGGUGCACGUUGCGCUGCAGAGCAAGGACAAGACGGACACAUCGACGCACAAAACCUCGUUGGACAAAGGCUUCUGGGGCGGCUGGGCAAAGGUGUUUGGAGGUUUGGUGAAGAAGCGGGAGUGCAAAAGGCUCCUGUCGUUGCUCAGCAGUCCAUUGCAGAACCUCCUGGCCUACGAGUUGCACCGUGGACCCAUGACAGGUCACCCCUUCUUCAGCCUGCUGGACCAACAUAUGCAGCCGGUGAUGUACAGCUUGUGCCAUACGGCCAUGAAGUUCAAGCACUUCGCGAUGGAGGACAUGUGUUUCGUGGAGGCCGAAGGAGGCAAGUUCAUGUGGGUCCUCAUUGAGGGCUCCUUCUCGUACAUCCGUGCAGCGAACUUGUACAAAUUGAGCACCCCGGGCACCUGGUUGUCGGAACCGGUGCUUUGGACGUCAUGGUGGCAUCGUGGCAAUUUGGAGGCUGCGAGCACCAGUGGACAGUUAGCCUUCGUAUCGCCCUCGGCCAUGGUAAACUGCUUCAAGUCACAUCCUCGUCCUUGGUUUUACGCCAGGACGUAUGCCAUGAAGUAUGUCAGGGUGCUGAACCGCAUGUCUGUGGCACGCUUGAGUGACAUUCACACCGUGGAGGAGGAAGAGGUCAAAGUCAUGGCGGCGGAGAGUGCUGAGCUCCAGAAGAUGUCGUAA